AUGGAUCACAGCGAGUUUGUGGUUGAGGUUGUGGGCUUGGCCGACCCGGCUGCGCAUCAAGACCAGGAUCAUGAUCGGCAGUCUGGUCACGUUCGAUCAAUAAUGACACCCGGCCGCAAGCUGGUCUUGGACAUCAAGGAGGCUGUCGAGUUUCCCCUUCAGGCCUAUGCAGCCGUUCAUCCCCAACGCCCCGUGCCAGUCGAUGAGAUUGAUCUAUGCUACAUGGAUGGCACUUGCCUUGAUUUGAGCCAAGAGGCCGACCUUCGCGUGCUCAAAGUGCUGGCCACCGACACCCUGCGGGCACGCGGCCUACCCAUUUGCCUGCUGGUCAAGCUCGGGUCGGAAUCAUGGUCUGAUCAGGUAUUGUCGGCGGUGCCCGAGUACCUUGGAACCUCACCUGCGCCGCCUCCAGUUGCCCGCGAUACCACCACCACGCCGCUCACACCGGCAGGGUAUCUCCUGGUCGAGGCUUCCGUCAAGGCCGAGGCGGAACGCGUUCGUGAGGAGCACGCCAAGCGUGUCGUCGAUGGUCCAAGAGUUUCUUUUAAUUUUGCUCAGGAACCGCGUCGCACGGCCGUCACCACCUUUCCCGUUGCUAUUGGGGAGGCGCCCAGCACUACGCUGGAGGCCGAGACGGCAGCAACGGGUGAUGACGACCUGGCGCCCGUCUUCUCGCCCUCCGAGGGGGACGGUGACAACAUCAGCGAUGUCCUGACGCGCUCUUCAGCUUUUGAUUUUGACAACCCUGCAUUUCUGAGCGACGAAGAGUUGGCGCUCCGCUCAGUCUCCGAUGACGAUGAUGACCGUAACAGUGACUGUAUCUGGUGGCUCAAGGCGAAUCACCCCAUCUCUCGCUUCUUUGAAAUCUCGACCAUGAUCGUUAUUUUGAUUUCGGUGUGUGGCUUUGUGUUUGAAACACUUCCCGCCUACCGCCUCGGCGACGAUGGCGAGCCGCGCACAGACAACCACCCGACCUUUUUUACCAUUGAAUCCGUUUGUAUUGCGUGGUUCACGAUUGAGUAUGGCAUGCGCUUCUACGCGGCGGGCCCGACCCGCUUGACCAAGUGGAUGUGGGAGCCCAUGAAUCUGAUUGAUCUCAUUGCCAUCCUACCGUAUUACAUUGGGCUGGGCCUCAAUUCUUCCGGGGCGUCAAGCGUAGCCGUUGUCCGUAUUCUUCGACUCACCCGUAUCUCCCGCCUUCUCAAGUUCAGCCGUCACUCGGAGGGGUUGCAGGACAUGAUUGUGUGUAUUUCCAAAUCGUCAAAGGAAUUGGUGCUCCUCUUCCUCAUCACCAUUGUCGCGGCAACGCUCUUUGGAUCAGCCAUCUUUUACUGUGAACAAGAUGCAGAUUCUGGGUUUAUCAGUAUUCCAGAGGGCAUGUGGUGGGCUGUGGUCACCAUGACGACCGUUGGUUACGGUGACAUUUCGCCAACCACGACGCAGGGCAAGAUUGUGGGUUCUUUGGUGGCCAGCAUCGGCGUGGUGCUUAUGGCCAUUCCCGCCGGCAUCUUCAUCUCCGAGUUUAUGCGCCUUCAUCAGGAGCGGCAGCUGUCUGACGCCAAGCUCCUUAAGCAUGAGGUCAUUCUGCAGCGUCUGCGGAACCGCAUGGACGAUGUGAACCACUCCAUCAGCGCUUAUGUCUUGGCGCGGGAAGAGCACUCGAAGCGAAUGCAAAUUUACUACCGCAACAAGCUGGCCGACCAGGCAGCAGCAAACAAUGCAAGCACAGGCUCAGAAUCCAGGCGACGCUCUUCCGCCAAGCCGAACAAAUACGAGGGCCAGCUCUACCAGUUGGACAUGGAUGACAUCCAGGUGUCCAACUCCGGCCCCGGUACCUAUUAUCGCGGCACCAUGUUUACCACCUCUGGUGGGGAUCAGCAGGCGUCCUGA